AGUCGUGAGCUGAUCCGGUAGGUUACAACGGCUUCCGGGUAUUCCAAGCAAGGGAACAUGAAGUACAUUCUAUAUAUCCUGCAAGAGGCCCACUUCCGAGUUCGCUGGUAAUCUCUAUCUCCUGUCACUCGUAAUGCCAGCAAUGCAUGCGACCGGACAAGACAAGGCCAAAGACGCCGUCGAGACAAUCGAAAAUACGAAUCUCGAAACACACGCUGCGCGACCACAACAUGUCGACAAAGCAGCAGCUCUGUUAGCCACUGAAGAGCGCAUCUACGUCUCCCCUGAAGACAACAAACGUGUCCUUCGCAAGAUCGACCUCGCGCUGCUCCCUCUCCUCCUCACCAUCUACUUCCUGCAGAGCCUCGACAAGACAUCACUCUCCUACGCCUCUGUCUUCGGUCUGCUAGACGAUGCGAACCUCGUCGGUGACCAGUACUCAUGGCUGGGUAGUAUCGUAUACGUGGCGCAACUCGUCUUCCAACCCAUAAUCUCCUUCCUGCUUGUGAAACUACCAAUUGGUAAGUUCAUCUCCGUGAUGGUAUUGACUUGGGCGAUUGUGCUUUGCGGAAUGGUUGGCGCGACCAAUUUUGGGGGCCUAUUGGCGACGAGAUUCUUGCUUGGAGCGGCAGAGGCGGCUGUUGCACCUGCUUUCAUUGCCGUCGUGCAGAUGUGGUAUCGGAGGCAUGAGCAGACGAAUAGGAAUGCGUCGUGGUAUGCAAUGUUAGGCGUAGUGAAUAUCUUGGGUAGUCUGUUGAGUUAUGGGUUGGGCCACAUUGAUAGUCGGAGGCUGCAUUCGUAUCAGAUUAUCUUUCUGUUCUGUGGCCUGUUAACGUUUGUGGUCUCCAUCUUCUGUUUUAUAUUUAUGCCCGACUCGCCGAUGGAGGCUAGAUUCCUCACUCAUGAUGAAAAGGUAAUUGCUGUGGAGCGUUUGAGGAUGAACCAGAUGGGAGUUGCGUCAAGGGUAUGGAAAUGGGAACACGUUAAGGAGUGUAUCCUUGAUCCCAAGACAUGGCUUUGGUUCUCCAUGUUGACUGCGGUCAGCAUUCCAAGUGGCGGUAUCACGACUUUCGGGCCCCUGAUCGUAAAGUCAUUCGGAUUCGACUCAUUCACCACAAUACUAUUCAACAUGCCCUUCGGCGCCGUGCAAAUUAUAUCCACUCUCGGUGGCGCUUGGGCGGCUACAAAGUUGAAAAAGAAGUCCCCAGUCCUCAUCAUCCUAUGUAUUCCCCCCAUUGUCGGAAUCCUGAUGCUCAUGUUUCUCGAGCACACCCAGGCGAACCAAGCCCCUCUGCUCGUCGGAUACUAUCUCAUCUCCGUCUACCCUGGCAUAUCGCCUCUCAUCUACUCAUGGUCCGGCCAAAACACUGGUGGCGACACGAAGCGCAAAGUUAACACCGGUAUUCUCUUUGUAGGAGCCAGUGCGGGGAAUAUCAUUGGACCACAUUUAUUCACCCCAGCAGAGGCUCCACGCUAUGCUCGCGGUCUUCGCGUCAAUCUCGCAUUAUUCAUUGUUAUCAUGCUUGUCGUGGUUGCUGCCGCCGCUUGGAUCAGAAUACUGAAUCGCAAGCAUGCGAAUAUGCGCUUGGUCGCAGGGAAAAAUGCGAUUGUUGUUGAUUAUAGUAUGGAGACCGGGAGGACGAUAGGGAACAAGGCUGGGGUCAUGAAUGGGGAUUCCGGUGGUGGUAUUGGAGACAAGGCGUUUGAUGACAUGACAGAUCUUGUCAAUGAGGAUUUUAUCUACUUGUAUUGAUAGCAGCAGGCUGGCAAGAAAGAUUCUAGUCCCUGUGAGGUGGGCGCAGUAGAAUGAUACCAUUGUUUUACAUCAAUACCAGAAAUAGCUCCUGCUAAGCAGACUUUGUCAUGAUACAUUUUACAUCAAUCAGCUACAUAGA